AUGAAACCAGAAGUUGAACAAGAGUUAGCUCACGUCUUAUUGACUGAGCUUUUGGCGUAUCAAUUCGCAUCUCCUGUGAGAUGGAUUGAAACUCAAGAUGUUUUCUUGAAGGACUUCAACUCUGAGCGUGUUGUUGAAAUUGGUCCUUCUCCAACUUUGGCUGGUAUGGCUCAAAGAACCAUCAAAAACAAGUACGAAUCUUACGAUGCUGCUUUGUCCUUGCAAAGACAAGUGCUAUGUUACUCCAAGGAUGCUAAGGAAAUUUACUAUACUCCUGAUCCAGCUGAUUUGGCUCCUAAAGAAGAAGAAGAAGCUGCAGCUCCAGCCGCUGCUGCAGCUCCUUCAGCUCCGGCUGCUGCAGCUGCCGCAGUUGCCGCCGCCCCUGUUGCCGCCGCCCCAGCCGCAGGUCCAGCUGCUGAAAUUCCAGAUGAAGCUGUUAAGGCUUCUCUAUUGAUUCACGUAUUAGUCGCACAAAAAUUGAAGAAAUCUUUGGAACAAGUUCCAUUAUCAAAGACUAUCAAAGACUUGGUCGGUGGUAAGUCUACCGUUCAGAACGAAAUUUUGGGUGACUUGGGUAAAGAAUUCGGUACCACUCCAGAAAAGCCAGAAGAAACUCCAUUAGAAGAAUUGGCUGAAACUUUCCAAGAAACUUUCUCUGGAUCUUUAGGUAAACAAUCAUCUUCUUUGAUUUCAAGAUUGCUUUCUUCUAAGAUGCCUGGUGGUUUCACCAUCACCGUUGCCAGAAAAUACUUACAAACUCGUUGGGGUUUGGGUCCUGGUAGACAAGAUUCCGUUUUACUGGUCGCUUUAACUAACGAACCAGCUGCUCGUAUUGCUUCUGAAGCUGAUGCAAAGGCAUUCUUGGACUCUAUGGCUCAAAAAUACGCUUCAAUUGCUGGUGUCAACUUGGCUGCCGCCGCCUCUGCUGGUGCAGCUGCAGGUGGUGCCGGUGGUGCCGGUGGUGCUACCAUUGACGCAGCUGCCUUCGAUGAAUUGAACAAGGACCAAAGAGUGUUGGCUCGUCAACAAUUAGAAGUCCUUGCUCGUUACUUGAAGAUGGAUUUGAACCAAGGUGAAAAGAAAUUCUUGAAGGAAAAGGAUACCGUUGCCGAAUUACAAGGUCAAUUGGAUUACCUAACAGAAGAAUUGGGUGAGUACUUCAUUCAAGGUGUCUCUACUUCUUUCUCUAAGAAGAAGGCUAGAGUGUUCGAUUCUUCUUGGAACUGGGCUAGACAAUCUUUGUUGACUCUAUACUUCGAGAUUAUUCACGGUGUUCUAAAGAACGUUGACAGAGAAGUCGUCACUGAAGCUAUCAACAUCAUGAACAGAUCUAACGAAACUUUGAUUAAGUUCAUGGAAUAUCAUAUCUCCCACACUGAUGAAACAGAAGGUGAGAACUACAAGUUGGCCAAGCAAUUGGGUCAACAGUUGAUCGAAAACUGUAAACACGUUUUAAAUAUGGACCCUGUUUACAAGGAUAUUUCUAAACCAACUGGUCCAAAGACUGUUGUCGACAAGAAUGGUAACAUUAAAUAUUCUGAAGAACCAAGAGAAACCGUCAGAAAAUUGUCUCAAUAUGUUCAAGAAAUGGCCGUUGGUGGUCCAUUGACCAAGAUCAACGAAGGUUCUAUCACUGAAGAUUUGAAGAGAGUUUACAAGGCCAUUUCUGCCCAAGCUUCCGCUCAAAACAUCUCCGAUUCUACCCAAUUGCAAUUCGAAACUUUGUACGGUGAAUUGAUCCAAUUCUUGGAAUCAUCAAAGGAAAUUGAUGCUUCUGUUUCAACUAGAGCAGCUGGUGUCGAUGAAGAUGCUUUGGACAAGGACUCCACCAAGGAAGUCGCUUCCUUACCAACGAAGUCUGCCAUCGACAAGACCGUUUCAUCUACUAUUCCAAGAGAAACCGUUCCAUUCUUGCACUUGAAGAAGAAGUUACCAAGUGGUGAAUGGGCUUAUGACCGUCAACUAUCUUCUUUGUUCUUGGAUGGUUUAGAAAAGGCUGCUGUCAACGGUGUCACUUACAAGGAUAAAUACGUUUUGAUCACUGGUGCCGGUGCUGGUUCCAUUGGUGCUGAAGUAUUGCAAGGUUUAGUUCAAGGUGGUGCCAAGGUUAUCGUCACAACUUCUCGUUUCUCUAAGAAGGUUACUGACUACUACCAAUCUAUUUAUGCCAAAUAUGGUUCUAAGAAUUCAACCUUAGUCGUUGUUCCUUUCAAUCAAGGUUCCAAACAAGAUGUUGAAGGUUUGAUUGACUUCAUUUACGAUGACGAAAAGAACGGCGGUCUAGGCUGGGACUUAGAUGCCAUCAUUCCAUUUGCCGCCAUACCAGAAAAUGGUAUCGAAUUAGAAAACAUCGAUUCCAAGUCUGAAUUCGCUCACAGAAUCAUGUUGACUAAUAUCUUGAGACUAAUGGGUUGUGUCAAGAAGCAAAAAUCUGCCAGAGGAAUUGAAACCAGACCAGCUCAAGUUAUCUUGCCAAUGUCUCCUAACCACGGUACUUUCGGUGGGGAUGGUAUGUACUCGGAAUCCAAGUUAUCUUUGGAAACUUUGUUCAACAGAUGGCACUCUGAAUCCUGGGCUAAUCAAUUGACCAUUUGUGGUGCUAUCAUUGGUUGGACCAGAGGUACCGGUUUGAUGUCCGCCAAUAACAUCAUUGCUGAAGGUAUCGAAAAGAUGGGUGUCCGUACAUUCUCUCAAAAGGAAAUGGCCUUCAACUUGUUGGGUCUUUUGAUCCCAGAAGUUGUCACCUUAUGCCAAAAGUCUCCAGUUAUGGCUGAUUUGAACGGUGGUCUACAAUUUUUGACUGACUUGAAGGAAUUCACCGGUAAGUUGCGUGGUGAAUUGAUGGAAACUUCCGAAGUUAGAAAGGCUGUUUCCAUCGAAACUGCUUUGGAACACAAGGUCGUUUCUGGUGAAAACGCUGAUGCUGCUUACUCCAAGGUGGAGGUUCAACCAAGAGCUAACAUCCAAUUGAACUUCCCAACCUUGAAACCUUACGAUGCUAUCAAGAAGCUCAGCGCCCCAGAAUUGGAAGGUAUGUUGAACUUGGAAAGAGUUAUCGUUGUUACCGGUUUCUCUGAAGUUGGUCCAUGGGGUUCCUCAAGAACCAGAUGGGAAAUGGAAGCAAAUGGUGAAUUCUCCUUGGAAGGUUGUGUCGAAAUGGCCUGGAUUAUGGGUUUGAUUAAGUAUCACAACGGUAACUUGAAGGGUCGUCCAUACACCGGUUGGGCUGAUGCCAAGACCAACGAACCAGUUGACGAUAAGGAUAUCAAGAAUAAAUACGAAGCUCACAUCUUGGAACAUGCUGGUAUCAGAUUAAUUGAACCAGAAUUGUUCAAUGGUUACAAUCCAGAUAAGAAACAAAUGAUUCAAGAAAUCAUCAUUGAGGAGGACUUGGAGCCAUUUGAAGCUUCCAAGGAAACUGCCGAUCAAUUCAAGCUGGAACAUGGUGACAAGGUUGACAUUCUGGAAAUUCCUGAAACUGGUGAAUACUCUAUCAAGUUACUGAAAGGUGCUACUUUGUACAUUCCAAAGGCUUUGAGAUUUGACCGUUUGGUUGCUGGUCAAAUUCCAACUGGUUGGGAUGCUAAGACUUAUGGUAUUUCUGAAGAUACCAUUUCUCAAGUUGACCCAAUCACUUUGUUCGUCUUGGUUUCUGUCAUUGAAGCCUUCAUUUCUUCUGGUAUUACUGAUCCAUAUGAAAUGUACAAGUAUGUCCACGUUUCUGAAGUCGGUAACUGUUCUGGUUCUGGUAUGGGUGGUGUUUCUGCCUUGCGUGGUAUGUUCAAGGAUCGUUACAAGGAUGAACCAGUUCAGAACGAUAUCUUACAAGAAUCUUUCAUCAACACUAUGUCCGCUUGGGUUAAUAUGUUGUUGAUCUCUUCUUCUGGUCCUAUCAAGACCCCAGUCGGUGCUUGUGCUACUGCUGUUGAAUCUCUAGACAUUGGUGUAGAAACCAUCUUGUCUAACAAGGCCAAGAUCUGUAUUGUUGGUGGUUAUGAUGAUUUCCAAGAAGAAGGUUCUUAUGAGUUCGGUAACAUGAAGGCUACUUCCAAUACUUUGGAAGAAUACGAAAAUGGUCGUACCCCAGCUGAAAUGUCCAGACCUACCACUACAACUCGUAACGGUUUCAUGGAAGCUCAAGGUGCCGGUAUCCAAGUUAUCAUGACUGCUGAUUUGGCUUUGAAGAUGGGUGUUCCAAUCUAUGGUAUCUUGGCUAUGACUGCCACUGCCACUGAUAAGAUCGGUAGAUCUGUUCCUGCUCCAGGUAAGGGUAUCUUGACCACUGCAAGAGAACAUCACGGUAACUUGAAGUUCCCAUCUCCAAUGUUGGACAUCAAGUACAGAAAGAGACAAUUGUUAGCUCGUGAACAACAAAUCAAGCAAUGGGUUGAAAACGAAAUUGAAAUGUUGAGAUACGAAUUGGAAGAUGUUUCUGCAGAAGAACAACAAGAGUUCAUCCAAGAACGUACCGAGGAAAUUGAACGUGAAGCUUCUAACCAAUUGAAAUCUGCUCAACAGCAAUGGGGUAACGAAUUCUACAAAUCUGAUCCAAGAAUUGCUCCACUGAGAGGUGCCUUGGCCACUUUCGGUUUGACCAUUGAUGACUUGGGCGUUGCCUCAUUCCAUGGUACCAGUACCAAGGCCAACGAUAAGAACGAAUCUGCCACAAUCAACGAAAUGAUGAAGCAUUUGGGCAGAUCCGAAGGUAACCCAGUUAUUGGUGUGUUCCAAAAGUACUUGACUGGUCAUCCAAAGGGUGCCGCUGGUGCAUGGAUGAUGAACGGUGCUUUGCAAAUUUUGAACUCUGGUAUUGUUCCAGGUAACCGUAAUGCAGACAACGUUGAUAAAUUAUUGGAACAAUUCGAAUACAUUUUGUACCCAUCUCAUUCUAUCCAAACCAACGGUAUCAAGGCCGUCUCCGUGACAUCUUUCGGUUUCGGUCAAAAGGGUGCUCAAGCUAUUGCUAUCCACCCAGACUACUUGUACGCUGCUGUCGACAAGAGAACUUACGAAAAGUAUGUUGAGAAAUGCUCUUUGAGAGAAAAGGCCGCAUACAAAUACUUCCACCACGGUAUGAUCAACAAUUCCUUGUUCGUCGUCAAGGAACACGCACCAUACGCUGAUGAAUUGGAACAAAGUGUCUACUUGGACCCAUUGGCUAGAGUCUCUGGUGACAAGAAGACCGGUGAACUAAAAUUCACACAAGCCAAGAUUCAAUCUGAAGAGUCUUUCGUUUCUGAAUCGAGCAAGAAGACAGCCACCGUUGUGAGCGGAUUAGUCGAGAACUUGAAGCAAAACACUUCCAAGAAAUCCUCUGCUUUGCAACCAGGUGUUGACGUUGAAUUGAUCAAGAGUAUCAACAUUGACAACGAAACUUUCUUGGAAAGAAACUUCACAAAACAAGAAAUCGAAUACUGUCAAAGACAACCUUGUCCACAAUCUUCCUUCGCUGGUACUUGGUCCGCUAAGGAAGCCGUGUUCAAGUCAUUGGGCGUUAAAUCUCAAGGUGCUGGCGCUCCAUUGAAGGACAUCGAAAUUGUCCGUGAAAAGUCCGGCGAACCACCAAAGGUCCAGCUACAUAACGAAGCUGCCAAGAUCGCUUCUGCCGCUGGUGUCUCAAACAUUAACGUCUCCAUAUCUCACGAUGAUUUGCAAUCUGUUGCCGUUGCAAUCGCUGAAUAA